AUGGGAGGCAUUAAAAACCUGCCCAUCAGGAAUUUGCAGCAAAUACCAGCCCAUAUGCGAAGAAACCUCUUCACGAAUCUUCCCGACAAAUGGAAGCUGGAAGCGUUUCGAAAAUUCUACGAGAAAACAGGGUACCACCUCAAUGACUUUGAAAAAUGGAGCGACUUCAAAGUCUGCAAGUCACCCAAAAUCACGAACAUCAAGCUGGAUAACACGCAGCACAAGGUCAUUGUGAUGGAUAUCCUCACGGAGAUAGAAACCCUCGCCAAACCAGAAAACAUUCCUCUGUCAUUGUGGAGGAUGACAGGGCAAAUGUACCCCAAAAUUAGUUUCGAGGCUAGAACCCAGCUGAUACAAGAAAAAAUGAAGCCGAAUAAUAUAGAGGGGUUGCAACCUGACAAUUAUGACAUCGUCAAUAGAUCAUUUUCGAGCAUAGAAGACUUCUUAUCAUCUAGAGCGUCGACUAUCCCCAAUCGACUAAGCACCACCCCCACCCAGGAGGAGGAGAAGCGUGUAAAUGCAAACACAAGGAAUGUCAAACUAACCAUCCCCCCACGAGAUGCAGUAACCACUCACCGAUCACCCCCUCCAUCCCCUACUCCUCCCUCACGGAACGAGGUGAACGAGGAAACUCAGGAAGAUAGAGAUGCGAGGAUGAGAGGGUCUGCUCAUAAAGCCAACUCUCCAACCUCCUCCCCCACUCACCUGGAAAUAAGCAUGGCUGUAACCAGAACGCUAAGGACCAGGAACCCUAGAAGAACAUACACACCUGAAAAUCAAGAUCGACCCAGAUCCCCGAGGCUAAUCGGGGAUUUUGUGGAGGAGGCGGUGUUAGUUACCCCCUCUGUGAACUUCAAGAUCACUACACAGCCCCUUGUUGAGGAAAUCCCUGCUAUGCCGGCUCACUUCAAUCUGGCAUAUGCAGAGGGACUGAGGAGUCUGCAGAGUGAGGAGAGAAAUAACAGCCUUAUGGAGGUAGAACUGCAUCCGAUGGGGCGAUUGCUGGAGAAAAGGAGGAGAUCGAACGACCCCCUACCAGAUACGGAAGAGAACCAGAGUGGAGCUACCACCAAGCAGGCCAAAGACAAUGAUGGCUUUAUCGUCCCAAAGAAAAGCAGCAAAUGGUCGGAGAUGAUCAAGCAGAGGUGCGAAAUAAAACCAGUUGAGACGGCUAAUAGGUUCAACCCCAUCUCCGACCAGGCCCAGCCUGGCCCUUCUGAGACUAGUGGAAUCAAAGAGACCCGCCCCACUCCCCCUAUUAGCAGUAGCUGUUCCUCCUCCGAGGAUGAAGAGGAGCAGGUACUAAUUACAAAGAGCAACCCCAAGAAAAAUAAGGCAAACAAAAAUAACAAAACACAAAAACUAAAUAAAAAUAACCCAAAAACCAAACAAAAUAAUACUAAUCAACCUAAGAAGAACCAGAAGCCUCCUCCCAUUGUCAUACAAGGGAUAAUCACAGACAGGAGGAGGUUUCUAGAAGAAAUCAGAUCCAUAGCAGAAGAAACAGUUUUCUUUAAAUACGGACACAAUUCCACUUUGCUCUAUGCGGAAAAUGAAGAGGACUAUGUAAAGCUGCGGGAUAAGUUCAAGACUGAAAGUGUCCCUUUUCACACCUAUACGCAAAGAAAAGAUAAGUCUCACGCAUUCGUGGUGCGAGGACUGGACUUCGAGCCUGAGGCCUCUGAAGUCACAACAGACUUACUGGAACAACAUCAAAUAGUGGCCAAGGAAGUCUUCAGGCUUCGGACAAGAAUGGGAGGCAUUAAAAACCUGCCCAUCAGGAAUUUGCAGCAAAUACCAGCCCAUAUGCGAAGAAACCUCUUCACGAAUCUUCCCGACAAAUGGAAGCUGGAAGCGUUUCGAAAAUUCUACGAGAAAACAGGGUACCACCUCAAUGACUUUGAAAAAUGGAGCGACUUCAAAGUCUGCAAGUCACCCAAAAUCACGAACAUCAAGCUGGAUAACACGCAGCACAAGGUCAUUGUGAUGGAUAUCCUCACGGAGAUAGAAACCCUCGCCAAACCAGAAAACAUUCCUCUGUCAUUGUGGAGGAUGACAGGGCAAAUGUACCCCAAAAUUAGUUUCGAGGCUAGAACCCAGCUGAUACAAGAAAAAAUGAAGCCGAAUAAUAUAGAGGGGUUGCAACCUGACAAUUAUGACAUCGUCAAUAGAUCAUUUUCGAGCAUAGAAGACUUCUUAUCAUCUAGAGCGUCGACUAUCCCCAAUCGACUAAGCACCACCCCCACCCAGGAGGAGGAGAAGCGUGUAAAUGCAAACACAAGGAAUGUCAAACUAACCAUCCCCCCACGAGAUGCAGUAACCACUCACCGAUCACCCCCUCCAUCCCCUACUCCUCCCUCACGGAACGAGGUGAACGAGGAAACUCAGGAAGAUAGAGAUGCGAGGAUGAGAGGGUCUGCUCAUAAAUCCAACUCUCCAACCUCCUCCCCCACUCACCUGGAAAUAAGCAUGGCUGUAACCAGAACGCUAAGGACCAGGAACCCUAGAAGAACAUACACACCUGAAAAUCAAGAUCGACCCAGAUCCCCGAGGCUAAUCGGGGAUUUUGUGGAGGAGGCGGUGUAA